ACAGGACAGAAGGCGCUGUUCCCAAGUCACAGCGCGGCAAACCUCCGCGACAACCUGACAAUAUUUUGCGCCCAUGGCUGCCCGUUCGCUAUGGGCGCGCGCACGAGGGAGCUUCCUCGGUGACACCACGCUUCGCCUGCUCGGGCUUGCGACCUGGAUCCCGGUCGUGAUUACCUUCAACGACCAUGUUGCGACCAUCACGAGCAUCAGCGGCGGCUCCAUGUACCCCUACUAUAACGAGGAUCGCAAUAAGACGAUUGCAAAUGACAUGGUGCUCAAUUGGAGGUGGAAACCCUCCUAUGGGCUUCAGAGAGGCAUGAUUGUCACGUUUAGGAGCCCUUUUCAUCCCGAGACCGUAGCGAUCAAGAGAGUCGUCGCGCUGGAAGGUGAAUAUGUCACGACAAGAGCACCAUAUCCGGAGAGAGUGGUCAGGGUGCCGCAGGGCCAUAUUUGGGUGGAGGGAGAUGGGCCACAAGAUCAGACGCUGGACAGUAAUACGUACGGUCCGAUAUCUAUGGCGCUGGUGACAGGAAAAUGCAUAUGGAAUAUCUGGCCUUGGCGCAAGUUUGGCCGCGUGAAAUGGGAAGAGCACAAAUUCAAGGAUAGAUACUGAAGCGCGAAUGGCUUCGUGUAUGAAUAAGCAUGUGAGCGGGACACUGAGAGAGUCCUGGAUUUGGGUUACAGGGUC